UACAAGCAACAACAUCCGUUUGAAAAACGACAGCAAGAAGGCGAGAAAAUCAGGAGGAAAUAUCCGGACCGUGUGCCAGUGAUUGUGGAGAAGGCGCCAAAGGCUCACAUCGGAGACCUGGACAAAAAGAAGUAUCUCGUGCCCUCGGAUUUGACUGUUGGACAGUUCUAUUUUCUGAUCCGGAAAAGAAUAUCCUUGAAGCCCGAGGAUGCCUUAUUCUUCUUUGUGGACAACGUGAUUCCGCCAACCUCAGCGACCAUGGGAUCUUUGUAUGAGGUUUGUAUUCGUUUGCCUCAAUUGCUGAAAUAUAGUUGGGUCGAACUUUGA